AUGUCCUCGACCGCGAUUGUCCACGACGACGACCUCAUGGAGCCCACCCUCCAGUCGAUCGUCAACCAGAAAACACUGCGAUGGAUUUUCGUCGGAGGCAAAGGAGGUGUCGGAAAGACCACAACCUCUUGCUCACUCGCCAUUCAGCUUGCCAAAGCCCGCAAGUCUGUUCUUCUCAUCUCCACCGAUCCCGCGCACAACCUCAGUGAUGCCUUUGGCCAGAAGUUCGGGAAGGAGGCUCGUCUAGUUGAUGGAUACACCAACCUCAGCGCGAUGGAAGUCGACCCCAACGGGAGUAUUCAGGACCUUCUCGCGAACGGCGACGGACAGGGUGAUGACCCCAUGGCUGGUCUCGGUGUUGGGAACAUGAUGCAGGACCUGGCCUUCAGCAUCCCUGGUGUUGACGAAGCCAUGUCAUUCGCCGAAGUCCUCAAGCAGGUCAAGUCCCUGUCCUAUGAGGUUAUCAUUUUCGACACUGCCCCCACCGGCCACACCCUCCGCUUCCUCCAGUUCCCCACCGUCCUCGAAAAGGCCCUUGCGAAGCUCUCGCAGCUCUCCUCUCAGUUUGGGCCCAUGCUCAACUCGAUCCUUGGAGCUCGCGGUGGAUUGCCUGGUGGCCAGAACCUGGAUGAGAUUCUGCGGAAGAUGGAGUCACUGAGGGAAACCAUCGGCGAAGUCAACAACCAGUUCAAGAACCCUGACAUGACGACGUUUGUCUGCGUUUGUAUUGCGGAAUUCUUGUCUCUAUACGAGACCGAGCGUAUGAUCCAGGAGCUGACAAGCUACCAAAUCGACACCCACGCAAUUGUGGUCAACCAGCUUCUCUUCCCUAAGCAAGGCAGUGACUGCGAGCAGUGCAAUGCGCGGAGAAAGAUGCAGAAGAAGUACCUGGAGCAGAUCGAGGAACUCUAUGAAGACUUCAAUGUCGUUAGGAUGCCGUUGCUCGUCGAGGAGGUCCGAGGGAAGGAGAAGCUCGAAAAAUUCAGCGACAUGCUUAUCAACCCUUAUGUGCCCCCCAACUAA